GUCCCCCAGGCCAGGUGGAGCACGCAGAUGUCAUAGGGGAGAAGGGAGACCCAGGAGCACCGGGGUACCCUGGGAAGAUUGGCCCCCCUGGUCUCCCGGGCUCAAAGGGACUCCCAGGUAUCAUGGGACUCCCUGGCCCUCAGGGGGACCCUGGUGACUACAAGGCCACCCUCAAGUCUGCCUUCUCUGCUGCUCGGACCAUCAGCUCCUACCCACGCCGGGAGCAGCCCAUCCGCUUCAACCACAUCAUCACCAACGAGAAGGGCCACUACGAGAACCGAUACGGCCGCUUCAUCUGCCGGGUCCCGGGCAUCUACUACCUCACCUACCACGUCACCUCCAGGGGCAAUCUGUGCCUCAGGAUGAAAAAGGGCCAGGGUGGCAGCAGAGGCGAGAAGGUGGUGACCUUCUGCGACUAUGUGCACAGCAGUUACCAGGUCACCACGGGUGGGGUGGUCCUCAAGCUGGCAGUGAACGAGUCCGUCUGGCUGGAGCCAACGGAGAAGAACUCCCUGAUGGGGAUCGAAGGGUCCGACAGCAUCUUCUCUGGCUUUCUGAUCUUCCCCGAGGCUUAA